GCCUCUCUGGCAAGUGGGCAAUCAAACCAGGAAGGCUCCUCACAGCCAUCUUGCCUCAAGAAUUAGGCUUGAUCACAGGCCAUGAUCGGAAAACGUUCCUGCUAACAGGAAUCACCAUAGCUGGAAAAAAGUGCAGCGUGAUUUGUGACAACCUGCUAGUGGAAGACAAUGUGAUGGGUGUCAGAAGCAAAGCAACUGACAACAGAUACAUCAUUAUUGGCAAGACACCCAAAAUCUUGAUCUUCCUCAUGGGCAAGAAGGGAGUUCAUGGAGGAGACCUCAACCAAAACAACCAGGAUAUGACUGGGGGCAUGAAAGCAUGA